AUGAUGCUGUCCUUGUACGCGACCAUCGUCCUGCUCCUCCUCGCCGGCGUGGAGUCGGCGUCCAGGAAUGACUGCAACGCCGGCGACAUUGCGGCGCUGGUCGCCGUCAAGGCAGCCUUCAACAACGCCUCCUACUUCGCGUCCUGGACGCCGGCCACCAAGUGCUGUCACUGGCGUGGCAUCAAGUGCGAAUACUUCCCGGCCACGGGCCAGGUGAACGUCAUCGGCCUCGACAUCGUCGAGGACGACAACGUCGCCGGCACUAUCCCCGGCGCCGCCAUCGUCGGGCUGGCCAACCUCGUGGACCUGACGCUGUACAAGGUUCCGGGCUUGUACGGCCCCAUCCCCAAGGAGCUCGCUAGUAUCUCCGGUCUCUUUGCGCUCACGGUCACCGGGACCGGCGUGUCUGGCCCCGUGCCGUCCUACCUGGGCGCGCUCACCGCGCUCCAGCUCAGCGGCGGAAUCCCGGUGGAGGUGCUGAACCUGGACGGCCUGCAGUUCUUCAACGUCAGCAGCAACAGGCUCUGCGGCAUGGUGCCCAGCGGUUCUGCGGUUGAGGAUAAAAAACAGAUCUUGCCUAUGAGUGAGGAGGAACUCCGGCGCGACUACGAGAUCGGCGAGGAGAUCGGGCGCGGCCGCUUCGGCGUCGUCCACCGCUGCGCCUCCCGCGCCACGGGCGCCCUCUACGCCGUCAAGUCCGUCGACCGCUCGCGCCUCGCCGACGACCUCGACCGCGGCCUGGCCGAGCUGGAGCCCAAGCUGGCGCGCCUCGCCGCCGCGGGGAACCCCGGCGUCGUGCAGGUGCACACCGUCUACGAGGACGACGCCUGGACGCACAUGGUCAUGGACCUCUGCACGGGGCCCGACCUGCUCGACUGGGUCCGCCUCCGCCACGGCGCGCCCGUCCCGGAGCCCGAGGCCGCCGCCGUCGCCGCGCAGCUCGCCGACGCCCUCGCGCUCUGCCACCGCCGCGGCGUCGCGCACCGCGACGUCAAGCCCGACAAUGUGCUCCUCGACGUCGCCGCCGGCGGCGACGGGCCCGUAAGGGCCCGGCUCGCGGACUUCGGGUCCGCGGCGUGGGUCGGCGGCGGGGAGAGCGCGCGCGGCCUCGUCGGCACGCCGCACUACGUGGCGCCCGAGGUGAUCGCGGGGGACGAGUACGGGGAGAAGGCCGACGUGUGGAGCGCCGGGGUCGUCCUCUACGUGCUCCUCACCGGCGGCGCGUUCCCGUUCAGCGGCGAGACGGCCUCCGACGUGUUCGCGGCCGUGCUGAGGGGGAGCCUUAGGUUCCCGCCCAGGCUCUUCUCCGGGGUGUCGCCCAUGGCCAAGGACCUGCUGAGGCGCAUGAUCUGCCGCGACGUCUCCAGAAGGUUCUCCGCCGAGCAGGUCCUCAAGCACCCAUGGAUCCUGAGCGGCGGAGGAGCCCGAGAUGAGGUGGUGGAGCCAACCUGAAGAAGAACCCAGGUCGUCGUCGACUGUUACCGUAGAGACAACAACAACGUUCUUUCGUCUUCAACCUCUGUACAUGCGAGUGUGCGAUGAUGCAGUAGAGAUUAUCGACUGUCGAGUACUACCAUUGUAUCAAAUCCAGGAGUGCCGAAGAAGAGAUCUUAGGCUUUAGCUCGAUCUCUUUUUUCCCUCUUUUCUUUCUACUAGGCCCUUUUUUUCUGCCUUGGUAAGAGAACGCCUAUCUGUUCGAUCGGUUUUCCUGUGGCGGGGAUGCUGAUGUACAUACUAACCCUUCAUGUAUAAAUUUAUAUAUGAAGUAGUAGUUGGUCUUUCUGUGGUUCUUCGUCUCAUUUUGCUCAAAAAGUUUUAAGCU